AUGGCCGAGGACAACAACGGUGGCAACAGCAACAGCGGAGGCGCCAACGCGAACACCACCGCCGAGGUUCAGAUACAAAUCCCAGCAGGACCAUCGAAAACCGAAGCUCCAGCCACUCAAGAAGGACCAUCCGGAAGCUCCAAAGCUAAGAAUUGGAAACGGUGGUUUAUGGUGGCAGCGGAUGCAAUCUUUCUCAUUGUUGGUCAGACAUCAGCAACACUGUUAGGGAGAUACUACUACAGUCAAGGUGGCAACAGCAAGUGGCUAUCAACAUUUGUGCAGACUGCUGGCUUCCCUAUAUUGUUCUUCGGCUUGUUCUUUUUCCCUUCAAAGUCGUCUUCCAGCGAAACUCCGAUCGGAAAAAUUGCCAUGAUAUAUAUUGUCUUGGGGCUUAUCAUAACCGCGGACAACAUGAUGUAUUCCCAUGGGCUGUGGUUUCUUCCAGUCUCAACCUUUUCACUCAUCUGUGCUAGUCAGUUGGCCUUCAACGUCUUCUUCUCAUACGUCUUAACCUCUCAGAGACUCACCGGUUUAAUCAUGAACUCCGUGGUACUGCUUACCUUGGCUGCUUUACUCCUUGGAGUCAAUCAUGAAUCUCAUGGACCUACUGGUGGUGUCAUAGGAGGAAAGUAUCUUGUGGGUUUCCUGUUGACACUAGGAGCAUCAGGCACCUACGCACUUAUCCUUUCCCUUAUGCAACUUACAUUCGAGAAUGUGAUCAAGAAACAAACCUUCUCAGCAGUUUUAAACAUGCAGAUAUAUACUGCACUUGUGGCAACUUUUGCUUCUCUUGUUGGACUAUUUGCAAGUGGAGAAUGGAUGGAUUUAAAAGAGGAGAUGGAUAGGUUCCAAUCAGGAGAGUUCUCCUACCUGAUGACACUGGUGUGGACAUCCGUUUCUUGGCAGGUCGCUUCUAUUGGAGUGGUGGGCUUGGUUUUUGAGGUAUCGUCCUUGUUCUCGAAUGUGAUCAGCACAUUUGCUCUACCUAUUGUCCCUCUUUUUGGUGUGAUGGCCUUUCAUGACAAGAUGAAUGGAGUCAAGAUCAUAGCCAUGCUAAUUUCGAUAUGGGGUUUUCUUUCAUAUCUAUAUCAAAACUAUCUCGAUGAUAAGAAAGCUAGAAGUGCAUAG